AUGAAGUCCAUUUUCCGCAAGAAUCGGCGCUCGGUGGCCAUGGCCUCCAAAGACGAUCUGGACCCUCGUCCCGAGUCUCAAGACCAACUGGAUAUUCGUUCAGCGGGCUCGAGGUCCACAAACAUCAUUCGUUCCCUUGUGGUUCCGGCUUAUGACUCUGUCACUGUCAAGCACGCGUGGAUAAACGCGGCCAUCAAUCAGCCUUCCCCUUUGGAGCUGCCAGAUCUGUCCUUCAGGCUCUAUAGGGCUGAGCUCAAGGGCUCCAUAUUGCAUCUUUACAAACCUCCAUCGCUGCUCAAUGCUCGUCUGUUCCGUAUAGGCAGCUCCGAACGCGUCACUGAUGGAUCUCUGAUCCAUCAAGUGCCCUCUCUGGCGCAGUCGAAUGUCACAGCUGUCUCGUCUGGUAAUGGUACGCUGGGGCCCGUACGCCGUUCUCUGGUCAUAUCGGGCUCUGUUUCAACAGUCCAAGCGGACACAUCCACUUCAUCCAUUAGUGGCCCACUCUCCGCGGCCAAGAUUGCUCCGUCUGCUCUGUCACACAAUCCUACAAACGUCUCUAUGGCAACGAGGUCCGUGACAUCUGCUAACACCAUCGUUCCAACUAUUGAUGACGCGUCUUCCGAUCCUGAUAGUAUCCGCUUUCUUGAUCGUCGUGUCCCUCAUCCAGAUUUACGUUUAGAUCCCCUGUCUAAUACGUUUUUAUCCAACAACACUACGGAAGCGUUGGUUCAUCACUUUCUUUUUGCAAACAACAUCGCUCUGGAACAAGAUCCCGUUUCACACUUGACUAUAGUUUUCCCCAUGUUACCAAAUUUCAACGAAGUACUUUCUACCUUGCAUGCCAUGCUCUCCGCAAUAUUCGAGCAGAAAUUCGGUCAGUUCUCAUCCUAUAAGCCUUUCACGGAUCGAGUACUUGGGCUUUUUGAUCAUGUGGUUAAACACUUCGGCGGGUUCUUAUUAAAAAAGCAGAAGUUGUUUGAUCAAUAUGCUGCAACGGUCUCGCCCGCAAACUUGGCUUCCGUUAAGUCAAACAUGCUUACUAAACAGCAAGAUCUACUUUCCCUCGUCAACUUUGCUGACCUUGCAUCCACCCAGCCCCCUGAUCCAUUCAUUGAGGUAAGUUCCUCUGUUUUCAUGAAUGACGUAAACUUGUUCGAGUUUGCCUCCUUGAUAACCGAACUAGAUUUGCACUUUUUCAAAUCAUGGAAUUCAAGCAUUGAUAAAUCUCUUCUUUUAUCGUCGCUGGUUGCUGACAGUUCUUCAGGUGAUAGAUUUUUCAGAAAGAAUCCGUUGGUAUUCAAUAAUGAUAGUCAUGUGCAUUAUCUAGCAAGGCUUCUUAUUUUUCAUCUAUUCGCUGAGGACACGAGUAACAAGACACCUGAGCGAAGAGCACGCAUUCUUGAGCGGUGGAUUGACUUGGGGUGUCUUUUGGACAAGUCUGGUAAUAUGUCAUCUUGGUUGGGCAUAGCAUCAAUAGUCUUAUCACAACCUGUUUUACGCCUACGUUCAGUAUGGUCCUAUGUUAACCAAGACUAUAUCAAACUUUUGAGAAAUGAUUGGUCUCCAGUACUUUUUGAGCUUGAUAGACGGUAUUUGGCUACCAGUAACGAAAGCAUCGAUUUCGGAAAAUCUUCAUCUGUCCUCUAUGGUGAAGAAAACAGUGACCUACUGACUUCGAAGGAAUCAUAUCACAUAAUGGCACCUCGCGGUUUAGGCAAGAUAUAUUCCAAAGAUACUGUGAUUCCAUACUUCGGCGAUCUCUUGAUCAACAAUAUUCCUCACGGAGAUGUAUCUAAUCUCGAAACAGUAUGGAAGAAGGUUAAUUAUUCUUUUGAUAGGUGGAAUGACUACUUAAAGAAUCUCACAAACCUGGCAGAUAUCAUCGGUUAUAAUCAGGAUGUCUUGCGAAGAUAUAAUUCCAUGGGCUUCAUUGUUUCCAAUGAGAGUUUGAAUCAAGUUCUUUAUCUCGGUGCAAACAAAGAUGAAAAAAAUGUUCCCUCGGCCUUCUCAUCCAACGACAGUGCGUCGUCUGAUACAUUCUCCGCCGGUACGAAAAAGAAGCUACGAAACGUUCUUUUACGAUUGCUCGAACUCAAUGAGGAGCCAACAGGGUUAGCAGACGUGAUGGCUAGCUCCUUAAAGAUGGAGCCAGGUCUCCCUGAGAAGUAUCUCAAGCCUCACGAGCCAGAAACCAUAGGAACCGGAUCGGUUCACAGGCUUCAGCAGAUGAAUUUAAGCUCCUCGAAUCUUUCUGUCAAUUCGGUCUCCUCGGGCUAUUCUUCCGGUCAUGGGGUCUCUGCGUUACAUGAGCACGAUUCUGCAUCAGCUAUGGGAAGCCAUAGAAUCUCUCCAGAAGCAAGAUUGCCCACAUUUAACAACAACCAUUUCAGAAUUGACCUUUCGAAGUACGAUGACAUGAUGCAACAUCAGAGCUCUGUCGAUGAAGACACCAAUAAGAUCGUUAUAAAUAAUGACUUGACGCUUCGGAUAGACGACUUCGUUCCAGAUUUCGAUGCGUCAUCUACGAUAUCAUCAGCAGAUAAAUCUGAUGAUGAUAAAGCCGAUGGUGAUGAAGACGGUCUCGGUAUUGAUGUUGAUGAUAUCUUGAAUUCUGACAAGUUUAAGAAUUUAUCAAUUUCCGAAGAACCUCGUGAGGAGACGCAGACUUCAGUUAAGGAUAAGAGGCACCGUAGCUAUGGCUUGGUGUCUAACUACUCAAAUAAUCGAGUAAGUCAUUUGAGAGCCUCAAAGUACAUCCCAUGUUUCGCCACAAUUGAUACACUUAUUGAUAUGAUGUUGAUUGAUUCCACAUAUUUUGAUGAGCUGCAUCCGAUUGACAUGACAGAGUUUCGUUUCGUCUUUUUGCUAAACUACAGUUCCUUUAUGUCUACCAAAGAGCUCCUUGAUAGCUUGGCGCACCGUUUCGUUCAUUCUGGUAACGCAGUCAUUUCCAUCAUGAAAAAGCAGCAUCUUGUCAAGAAGGGUGAGUUUGAUCCUGUCACGUUUGGAAGGUUUCCUAAUUGGGACGUCGACGAUGACGUAAAACUAGCUGACUUGGGGGAUGUUGACUAUGAAUUACUUUUAAAGAUACAAGUCAAUAUCUUGAAGGCUCUUCUUGUGCUUCUCAACAACUUUUACUCAAAUUUUGCUCAUGACUUGACCAACAAGCGCACUAUGAUUAAGUUUUUCAAGCUAUACACAAAUGAAAUCCUUCAGUGGUACAAUUCUAAUAAAAUUGAUAAUCACUUGGACAAAUAUUUUGAAGAGUUGGUCAACUACUACAAAAAGCUUAAGAAAUCGUUUGUGAAGAAAACAUAUAGGCCAGCAGAGAUCCUGAAGUUCGAUGAAUAUCUCACCCACGAAUUCAGGUUCUCAAAUGUUUUGCAUGACGUUCCCAUGAAUCGCAAUUUACCAAGCUAUAAGAACAUUCAUAAAGUUGAAAAGUUUAUUCACAAGUUUAACAAGCUUCUAGCAUUGUUUUACAAGGGAAUCAAACCGGAAGAUUGGUUCAAGACAUUCAACAUCCUUGAAAAUCAGUUUGAAAACUUUUCGCUCUUAAACUAUUCAAUAUCCAGAAAUUCUAACGAGGAGCUGGUAAAGGUUGCAAAUAUCUUUAGCUAUUUCGAUAGUUUACACGAUGGGUCUGAUAAUGAGUUCUUAAUCGGUAAAUUUCCAAUCGUUUUCAGAAAACUCUUUAAGCUAUAUCACAAGUUCAAGUGUUACGUCUAUAUUCAACUUUGUGAUCCGAACAUAGCUGUGGAAGAGAGGCUUGAUCGCAUGAAAACGUUGUUAAUAAUGGUGAGAAUCUCUCAGAUAAAAAUGGGAGAUAGCCAGUUUGUCUUUGAAGGGAACUCUGGAAGUAUACCUUCAUGUAUGGAGAGUGCAAUUGUUAAUGUUAUCUACCAUCCAGCAAGUCGCCUGCUUUCGCCACUUUGGAUAAGGGCUGCUAAUGCUCUUAAUUCUUCCUACCAUGACUUUACUUCACAAAACUCUUUCAAGGAUGUGAAUGAUCUUCUUCCAAUCGGUUUGAAGAGCCAAGAUAUGAUGAUGGCUCAAGAGCCCCUUUUGCCGUGCUUUGGUUGGAUCUUUGAGUUACUUCUUGAUAUAAAUAAGUGUCCUAACUUCCAUGGAAGCAGCAUCAACUUCAAUAAGAGAUAUUUGAUUUACAAGCUCAUUAAGGAGCUUAGUGUUGAAGAUGUCGACGACACACAUCUUGAGGCUGGAGAGUUUCACUUUUUGUUCAAGUUGGACGAAUCCUUAUGCCAAUCUAUAAAGGUGACUGAUAUAUUGCCGUCAGAUCGACACAAGCAUAGCCUAUUCGCUCCUUUGAUAAAAGCGCAAAUGCAGAUAAAUGAGGCUGAGAUUCUUAAGAAGGAGGGCGGGAACUCGAAAACUCUGGCAGGUGAUUAUCAGAGCGCAAGGACUAAAAAGCUGUCUAAUAGCUUAAGGAGACAAUCAUUGAACUAUAAGACAAAUGCAUCGUCGAGAUUCAAGAUUAGUGGCCUUUUCAAUAGGCUCAAUAAUGGGAGCAGCGAAAGAGUCGUUGAUUAUAAGGAGCUUCCGGAACCAAACUCCUUGAUAGACCCUAAAACGAAACCAUUGCAUACAGUGUUUCUCAAGGACUAUAAGAUAUUCCCUGUCUACCUACUUUCAAACUGUCUCAAGGUUGAUUCUGAUACCGGGGAUGUAUUUUAUCUUAGGGCGCCAAAUGACGAGGAGAUGAUGGACUGGUCGACCAAAUUGGCGUUCGCCAAUAGGCAUUGGUUCUAUUCAAGGACACUUAACUUUAAAUGCGUUUCGCUGAUGACAACAUUUAAUAUUCCCCUAGAAACCGUUUGUGCGAGGGACAAGGCCAAGGCACCCUUAUUCUUGAAUGCGAUUUACGAAGCUAUCGAGCAAGAUGGCCUACAGGAUGUUGGACUAUACCGAAUAAGUACUUCUCUAUCGGAGCUAUCAGCAUUGAAACAAGAGAUCGAUCGGACAGGGUCGGUUGAUGUUCAUGCUAGGCAGCUUGAUGUCCACGCGCUUACAAGUUGUGUCAAACUGUUCUUCAGAGAACUACCUGAAGCUGUCUUGACUGACGAGGUGAUAAGGGAGUUGUUCCAAUUGAAAAAUGAUAGUGAAGUACUUACGGAAGGGAUGUCAGGGAAUGGCUUCUUUGCGGAGCCAUACUCUUUUGUGUUGAAAAAGUUGCCUCGUCACAAUUAUUACACUCUCAAGUAUCUUAUUGGCCAUCUUCAUCGAGUGUCAACUAGGAGUGAGCAGAAUAAGAUGACGGCAUCCAACUUGGCAACUGUUAUCGGGCCAGCAUUAACAGAGGCUAGUUCUGCGGAAGCACUUGUUAGCAAUUUUGGAUUCAUCAAUUUUGUGAUGGAAAAACUUAUUGACCAUUGGGACGCUAUUUUCAAUGCUUCGAGAGAAGAUGACUAA